AUGUCUGGAACUGAGAAACUGCCACUUCUUUUAAUUGGAAAAUCUAAGAACCCAAGAUGCUUCAAGGGUAUUAAAACGUUGCCUGUUAAUUAUCAAAACAAUAAAAAGGCCUGGAUGACUUCGGAAUUAUUUGCGGAUUGGUUAAAAAGAGUGAACGCCGAUAUGAGGGUCCAAAAACGAAAAAUCAUUAUGUUUGUCGACAACUGCACAGCUCACAACAAUAUGCCCAAAUUAGAAUAUGUUAUAUUAUUGUACUUACCCGCCAAUACCACAAGUAAAUUGCAGCCCAUGGAUCAGGGUAUUAUCAACAACUUUAAGGUUUACUACAGGAAGGAAGUGGUUCAAUAUGUUCUUAAAUUUAUAGAAGAGGAUAAAAGUCCAAAAAUCAACGUCCUCCAGACCAUGAGAUUUGCAAGAAAAGACUGGUUUUCUGUUAGCAAAACCUCAAUUAGUAAUUGCUUCAAAAAAGCUGGAUUCAAAGUUCCGAAUGUAUCUGAACCUGAGAGCCUACAAGAGGAGCUAGAGAUAUGUGAAACGUUUCCAGAAUGA